AUGCCGUCAAGAAGGGAGAUCCCUGAUUUAGUGCAACUCGUAUCUGACCAACUUAUCGCUGCGCUACCCAAUAUAGUCAGCCAUGUGGCUGCUGGACUGAAUGCCAACCAGACCUCAAGCUCUGAAUCUAGACCUCAACGAGAAUGUACUUAUAAGACUUUCAGAGCUUGUAACCCCAAGGAAUUUAAUGGAACCAAGGGAGCAGUGGAAUUACUAUCAUGGCUAGAGAAUGUGGAAUCCGUUCUGCAUAUUAGUAAAUGUACCGAAGGAAAUAAAGUGAAGUACGCAGCAUGCCUAUUGCAAGGAAGGGCACUCACUUGGUGGAACACUAUAGUUCAAACCAGGGGUCGAGAAGCAGCUAACCGACUCUCCUGGGAGGAGUUUAAGAAACUGCUAAAGGACGAAUACUGUCCGAGGAGCAAACUCCAAAAAAUGGAAAUGGAGUUGUGGAACCUCGAAAUGAAAGGAGAAAAUAUCUCUGCGUACACAACAAGAUUUCAUGAGUUAGCAAAUCUUGUGCCACAUCUGACUAUCCAAGAGGCGGUAGAAAUUGCCACUAAACUCACAAACAAUGCUGUACGAUCUGGAGGGUUGGCCAAAGAAAAACGAAAGAUAGAGGAGUAUGGGGACCGAAGAAUUGGGAGGAAAUUCGACAAAAGCAGGAGAAUGGCGAAGAAUGUUAGAGCUCAAUCACAAGUGAUAAGGCAGGGCGAUGCGGAAAGAUGCAAUAAGUGCAAAUUUCCACACCUAGGAAAUUGUAUCACCUGCCAGAGGUGUCGUCUAGGGGGCCACACGGCAAAGGACUGCCGGAAGCGGUUAUGCUAUGAAUGUGGAAGCCCAGACCAUAUAAGGAAUGAUUACCCAAAGCGGAAAACAAUGGCAAAUGUAAACCAGAAUCGACAGAAUAGCGCAGGUAAUUCAGGAAGUCAGGCUCGAGGCAGAGCUUUUGAAUUGGGAGCCAGGGAAGCCAGAAAGGAUCCCAGCGUGGUUACAGUUAAGGCCGAGCACCAGAAACCUUCAGGUCUGCUCCAGCAGCUCGAGAUUCCUCAAUGGAAAUGGGAGUAG